CUUUUGGACAAAAUAGAGAAACAGAAGCCUCUCGUUCUCCUGAUUCUUGACAACACAUACAAGAUCUUUCCAUUUGCCAAAUUUUGCUUCCUGAUACCUGAAUGUUUCCAAGACACAUUUUAAAAAUUGAUCAAAAUACCUUUAAGAAUCCCGUUGGUGUGAUGACCGAUGGCUGAACUUGGCUGCUGCAGGCGCCUUCACAUUUGUUGACCAGGACUUCAGCGUUGCAGGUGCGUUGCAGUUGUCCCAGCUCGUCGUACUCCUCUGAAAUGAAAUCACUUGUUCUAAAAUGCAGACUGUACAGCGGCAAUUUUUUGAGAGCAGAAAUGAUCAGAACUCUAAAGCAAUUUACGGAUUAGCCUAAAUUUGAUCAAUAUGUCAACUUCGGAAGAAACUGCUGAAAAUUCUGGAGAAAAUGCAGGAGAGAGAAAGAUGUGUCGAGAUUUUCAACGUGGUGUCUGUCGGAGACACCAGUGCAAGUUUAGGCACGAAAUCUCAAAUACAGCACCCGAUGGAGUAAUGUUUUGUCACGACUUUCAAAAUCGAACUUGUACGAGAAUUAAUUGCAAAUUUCUACAUUAUUCUGUUACGGAUGAAAUAUUCUUCAGAACAAACGGGUAUUUUCCUCAUGAGGCAGAAAAUGUGAUGCGUGAUAGAGGAAAAGGAGGACCGGCUUGCAAAGAUUUUAUUUUGGGCUCUUGCAGGCGCAGAAACGACUGCAAGUUCCGGCACAUCACCUAUGCACAGUAUCAAGAAGAAAAUGGAAAUUCUGAAAAUGGCCAUGGUAUUCGAAAACCUCACCAAAUACCGAGUAAUAAUUUUCAUGAAGAGCCCAAAAAACUGGUAUCGUGGAGAUUGAACAAUAACAUACGAAAUUUGAGACAAGAUUAUGUGAAACAAGAUAUCGGUUACAACAGCAUAGAUGACAGACAUCCAAAUGAAAUUAAUGGUGUUUUGUACCAGACUCACGAUGUGUCUGGUUAUGAUUCUUGUAGCGACUCUAGGGUCAUUAGAGGUGAAUACACAAUUAAUGGUGCAGGAUAUGAUUCGUAUGAACCUCCGGUUAAGAAGAGAUUUUAUGAAGAUAAAACGAAUACGUUUUAUAACAGGAUUCCUUUGGAAGAACAGAAUAUUAUAUUGAGAAAGCAAGUAGAAGAAUUACGGAAACAGGUUUCUGAUCUGACGGCAACAAAUGAAUUUUUGUUGGAACAAAAUGCACAGUUGCGUAUGGGAGGUUCCAGACAAGGAAAUGUGACUGCAGUCACAGUGCCUGCUGUUACUAUAACAAACACUACGGUUCCACCUACAACUCAACCUCAGCCACAGGUCAUCAGGACGGUCACUGCCAGUGUGGCAACUGUUCCAGUCUCAAUAGGCGCAGUUUCCAUGGCACCAGUUCAGGUUGCGGCACCAAUAGUUAGUAUGGCUACACCUCAAACACAAAUUAUUGCCAACAGUGCACCAAUAGCAAUUGCAAGUAACUCGCAGCAGUUGGCGCUGGCGCAGCAGAGUCUGACUGGGCCAGCUACUGCUCCGAAUCAGAUAAUCACGAGUUCAACGCAGCAGCAAAUACUUGCUUCAAAUACUCAACUGACUUUGUCCAACGCUCAGCCGACGGGACAGCAGAUUUUAACACCUAUAGGUGGUCCAGGACAGCAGCUGGCAAUGGCCCAACAAAGUCUUGCUCAUAACACUUCCCAGGCCUUGGCGAUGUCUAAUGCCUCACAACCAAUUAUAUCGUACCCAAUAAUGACACAAAGUAUUUUACCUCAUUAACGAAAUAAGGUAUGGACACUUUUCCUACAGUGAUUC